UGGAACGGUUGGAAGUAUAGCCUUAAGUUCAAAAUGGGUAAUUAUAGAACCAAAAUGCGGCAGCUGGGUCGACUUGAUGUUACGGUCAAUGGUGGCAAGCGAGGAAGUGACACUACAAAUGGCGAUCCUCCAAACACACAGAUCAAGAAGCCAAAGAAAGGGGAAAUAAAUUUCCUGCCUGAUUUUCCAGAGGGGAUGAAUGACCAAAACAUGAAAGUAGCUCGUGAGGUUCUGGUCAAUGAAAUGAUGAAGACAAAGCCAAAGGAAUCCCUGGUUAAGAAAGAGAUGGAUGUGACAUUUGCUUUUCGCAGAAAGGAGAUUGUCAAUGAGAAGCCUGCCAUCAGCCAGGUGGUGCAUCGUUGGCCAGCUCUUUUUACAGAAAAUCAGGUUUAUUAUGAAUUUGGCAGAGUGAGCAGGGGGGAAUUGGGGGAAUGUGCCUUUUAUCUCCGCAGCAAGGACAGCCGCGAGGUCACUGCUGGAGCUCCCGCGGCUCUGCAGCUCUCGAAUGGAGCCGAAUUUCGUGACCUUGCCGCCGAGGAGAAAAAGGCCGCUCGGAGGGAGGCUGCGACUCAGAACAGCUUUCAGAUCAGAGCUUUCACCGACAUCUUCAACAUCUCUCUGAGCAGUGCCAUCAUUCUCACAUGCUUCAAGUCUACCACCAUCGUCCCUGUGCUGAAGAAGUCUUCUGUGUCCUGUCUCAAUGACUAUCGCCAUCUCCACCACACUCCAUCUGGCACUGACACACCUUGA